AUGGAUCUUAAGGACCGUCUCUUUCGUUUGCAGAAAGGAUCGUCGACGGUAGCAGAAUUUCUUCUCGAUGCUCGUUCUUUGGCUGACGCACUUGCCACGAUCAAUAAUCCUGUUGCUGAAGAAGACCUUGUCUUGGAAAUUCUUCGUGGACUCGGCGAAGAUUAUCCAAAUGUUGCAUCCACUUCGCACAAUUCAGAUCGGCGAGGUUCUUUCCUUUCUCAUUCUGGAAACAAUUCUGGCAAUUAUCACAGUCCUUCGAACUGGUCCCAAGGCCGAAAUGCGAACUCUGGAUAUUAUCGCAAUAAUUCUGGUAAUGCUAAUUCUGGUUAUCGCACUAAUGGAGGAUCCAAUAAUCGCAACAACUCAAGGUACGGUGGCAAUAGUGGCUCUUCUGCUCGUGGCUCUCAGUCUCAACAGCCUUCUUCUCCACCGUCUGGAUCUGGUGGUAACAAUUCGUCUUUCAUGAACACACCCAGGGAGCAUGAACACACCCAGGGAGCAGUGUCAAAUCUGUAG